AUGAAUUUGAGCUUGGAAGUGGGGUAUUGGGAGGUGGGGAAAUCAAGGGGAAGGAAAAAGAAGAAUGGUGAUGCUGAGGUGGAGACUAGAUGUUGGAUUAAGUUGAGAUAUAUUGGUAGCUAUAUUUCUUCCAGAUCAAAAGUUGAUAGCUCACUUAGUGGCAUUGGCACUCAUGGGGUUAUGGUUUUGGUAUCUCGCCUCUUGGACAUAAUCAUCAGGUGCUUCUAUCGUAAAUACUCUUUCUACUACUGGUUCCUCCAUUCAGCAAGUGCUUCAAGUGCCUCUACAGCAGCAUGCCAGAUUUUGAGGGUAAACGAAAAAUGCUUACUUGAACAAGGAAAUGCACUAGAUUGUGUGGAUCCAAACAUGGGAAAUUACCCGAAAGACGAGGUUUUGCCUGUUCUUAAAUUGGCAUUGAUUUGCACUUCUCAGAUACCUUCCAGCAUGCCAUCCAUGGCAGAAGUGGUACAAAUACUACAUGUGAUCAGUAUUCCAGUUCCACAGAGAUUGGAAGGAUUCUAA